CAUAUAUGCAAUAUACAUGUGUACACAAGAUGUGUCGUCAUUAAUUCUGCGCUAGCCCUGACACAAAUCAUUUAGUAACAAUUGUCGUUGUUGACUAGGUAACACUAAUUUCGCGUCUCGGAGAAAAAGCAUUUUACAAUCGUUUCCUGUCUCAUUAAAUACCUCUCAUACACCCUUUCUUUCAUUCUUCACCCGGACAUAGAAUUUCAUUGUAAUUUUACUUCCCGAACCCGGCUUUUUACCAGCAUCUAUAGAUGAAUGUCUUGACUUUUCUUCCAGAACUAUCGUUAUAAACACGCGGUUGACACUGCAGUGUUUCACGAAGUGUCAAACUUUGGCGUUUCGUAUUUUCUCUCUAAAAGAAUUGUGAUAAUGGAGAAAGGGGAGAGGAAAAAGAGAAAAGAUACUGACAAGAAGGACAGAAGGAAAGGUAAAAAGGAAGGUAGCAAGGGCUCAAGUAGUACUGCAGCCAGUGCCACUUCUCUGUCACAGAGCAGUGAACUGGCCAACAAUGAGACUGGUCUAGGCACUAACUCAGCCAAUGAGAAAGAUAUUGGUAACCCCAAAAUUGGUGAAGAGGAAAAAAAUGCUGAUAAAGAAAGUGAUGGGAGUCAACGACAGUCGCCUGAGCCAAACUGUUCGAUUUGUCUAUCUAAGUUGGAGAAUAAAUCCUUCACCGACAGUUGUUUCCACACAUUCUGUUACGUUUGCCUUUUGGAGUGGUCAAAGAUUAAAACAGAAUGUCCACUCUGUAAGCAACCUUUCAAGAGCAUUAUUCACAAUGUGCGUUCCUAUGAUGACUAUGACCAGUACGAUGUUCAGAAACAUGAACCACCUAAUGAGAAACGGUUUCGCUAUCGUACAACUUUAACAAUUGAUCGAUUGCUUGGUCUGCAAAACCAGCAUCAGAGAGAUGAGAUUCUGAUGGCACCACAGCAGCUUGACUACAAUACCAGACCUGGUUUACGUCGUUCUUUACGUCGGUCACAACAACAGCAAACACAGACAGCCUCUGUCGAAUUCCGACGCAAUAUAUACAGAAAUAAUUUACGCGUAGUGAAAAACAGGCAUCUACAUGGUUGCCGUAACAUUAAACCCGAUUUCUUGAGGAAAAACCCCACAGCUGUUCAUCGACUAGCCCCUUGGUUAAACCGUGAACUAAAUGCAUUGCUACGUAACCAAGAAAAUCAUGUGACCUUUGUGAUGGAACUUAUUCUUGAUUUAGUAAAGCGCUAUCCAAUCAGCAGUGAGGAAUUUUACCAACAUAUUUUUCCAUUUGUUGGUCGAAAUACAUUGCAGUUCAUUCAUGAAUUUGAGAAUUUUGCAAAGUCACCAUUGCAUGAUAUGCGCUCCUAUGAUGCUAAUUCACAAUAUAUGCCCUUCACUCAGCUGGUAGAUACUAGUGAAGCUUCAUCCAGUGAUGAUGAUGUUAUUGUACUUUCACCACGAGAGACAACUACAGCAACUGCCACUGCUACUACAUCUGGCAAUCAAAGCAGUAUAUCUCUGUCGAUCAGUCUAGGUCAUCCUUCACAGCAAAUAGUUAUGACUUCCUCCUCUUGGGAACCAUCUGCUGAAACGAGUCAGAAUGACCGAGAGGCAACCACAAGUCAAACAGCAAUUUCAGGUUGGGAGUCUCCUCAACCAGGCCCUUCUGGUAUCUUCAGCACGUCAGUUACAGAACCAUCAACUAGUGCUGUUGAAUCAACUAGUCAUGACACAAGCCUGGUCUCUAGUUCCAUGAAAUCCGAGCCUACUGAUCAACGGCCAGAUAAGAAGGACAACAGCAGCUCUGACUCCAGUGGAACUGAAUUGAACAGGGAUGAGGAAAAUGAUGAUGGCGACAGUGAUGUGAUCAUUACUGCCUAUGAAAAACCUUGGGCUGAACGUUCGCCAAUAUUAAUAUCAGAUUUAGACGAUGAUUCUGUUGAAGAAGAAACUGAGGAGACAAAAGACAAAAAUUCAUUGACUGUCGUAAGGCAACCAUCAACGAGUGGGGAAAAUGCAAAAGAGGGCCAUUCUGAAAAAAGAAAGUCAUCUCGUAAGGAGCGAGGUCAGAGCAGAACUCGUCACAGGUAUGUCUCAAGUUCAUCUUAUAGUGGUGAACGACGACAUCGCCACAGUCACAGACUCAGCCAUUAUUCCUAUAGCCAAUCCAACUCUUCUAGAUCACGGUCUAGAUCUAGAUCUCGUUCUCGGCGUUCCAAGAGCAAACGGACUUCUAGUUACUCUAGAGAAGAACGAUCUCGUUGUCGGUACCAACGUGAUGAAGCUACUGCAUCCUCUUCUUCAUCUCUGCAGCUACACAUUUCUCAGAAAUCUAUAAUGUUUCCACUGUCCUGCAACAAUUACUAUCGGGUUGGUUAUCCUCACCGCUCUUCUCAGCCAGACCUUUCCAGCGGUAUUUACAACUAUGAUACUAAUUACAACAAUGAAUCGUGCAGAAAGAGAGAUGGCUACAGACCUUCAAGCCCUGUUGUUUCUCAAAAUCGAUCGCGUUCUUCAAGUGUAGAAAUCAUUGCUUGCAAACGGCGGCGGAAAAGUCAUAAAAAACACAAAAAACACAAACACAGACGACAUCACCGCAGUAAGCACACCUCAUCGAAAUUAUCAUCCCAUUGUGAUUCUGUUUCUGAUAGUAAUUACUUAAAUAAUUUAGAUGUUGUUGCUCUUUCCCCACAGCCAACAUCAACAUUCAAGAAACACUGCUCAGGACAUAAAUCUUCAAAACGUUACCAAGGGACCAGUGUAAAUACAGAUGAUGUCAGCAUUAUUGACAAUGUCCAUGAAGAGAGUUCUUGUCUAAACAAAUUCUCUAGCUAUCACUUAAAGCCAUCAUCAACUGCAACAGUAGCAACAUGUUCUCAUGUAUUGGACCCUGGUCUAGCUGGAAGUAACUUAUUAGAAGAUCUCACAGCAGAUAAUUCUUCAUAUUUAUCUGGUGCAAUUGGUGCUGAUGUAAUCGUUCAGUCAGAAGACAAUACGGAUAAGCAUUGCUUGAAAGAACCAGCAGUUCUCGGUGACAGCUCUAAAAACAUUGACCUAGAUGAUAUAUCGCAUGCUAUUAGUGUACCUGUGUCAACUUGUGGUUCACUUGCUGAAAUCAAUGAUCCAGAUCUUAAACUGAUGUUUUCAGAUUUCUGUAUGGAUAAAAGUGCUAAAGCUGCUUCUACAGCUCAUACUGCGACUAGCAGCACAGCAAAUGAAUCUCUUGAUGACUUUAACUUGCUUUCAAACAGUUCAAUACCAAGUUGGUCGUGUAGCUCAUCAUCUGAACCCUGCUCUGUGACAAACGAGAAGAAAGAUAGCUCAACUUGUCAUACAGCAGGCAAUGUUAGCUGCUGCUCUAUGGACACUGCACAGCCUGGUGUCAAGAGAUCCACAAAACAAACACCUGGAGACAUAGCCACUGCAACAGUAACAUCAGUGAACACAAACAGUAAUGAAUCGUCUGCAUUUUCUGACAAUGAUAAAAAUAAUUCCAGCUCUGUUCACCCUGCUGAUGAGGACAUUUCUCCGACUUCAGAGGGCCUGUCGAAAGAAAGCAGUUGUAAGAUGGAGUCUGAUGCUGCUAUUAGUGGACAGCAACCGUCCCAAACAAGUUCUGCUGUGUCUGAUGCUUCAGUUUUAUCUGCCGAAAGAGAGGAAAAUACAAACAAUAAUGUUUCUAAACAUCAAAUAUUUUUACCAUUAUUAGAUAAUAAUACCUCAGUGCUAUCUUUUGAAUCUGACAUUUUGGAUAACCAGAAAGCAAGUGAUGCAGUUUCAUCUAAGGACAAAGAUUGUAAAUUGCCUCUACUUCCUUUACCUACCACAUCUGAAGACUCACUCACAGUUAGGAAUGAGCCUAAUUCACUCUAUCAGUCUCUUUAUAGCAUUGCAUCUUCAUUGUCGUCACCAGCGACAUCAUCUUCAUCAUCUCAGCAAACACAUAUAUCUCAUAAUACAUCACCAAACUCAUCAAAACCUCUUUCACAUUCUAUUUUCUCUGUUAGUCCAAGUGCUGCUUGUCAUUCCUCCUCUUCUUCUUCUUCUUCUUUGGCAACUGUUUCCAACUCAACUGCACCAAAAGAAACAAACUGUUCAAGCAGUGACAACCAUUCAUCAAAUCCAAACGUUUUUGGCAAGGAUAAUGCUGGCAAGAAUAAAGGUAAAGCUGAAAGUCUUCCUGUUCCUCAAUAUUUCAAGGAAGAUAAUUAUAAAAGUGUAAAUACUUGUUCAACAUCUGAAUCGCAAAUGGUUAAAGUGAAAAAAACCAAGAGUAAAGUUUGUGAACCUAGCAAGGACGAUAAUGAAGAUUCUAACUGGUCAUCUUGCGAAUCUUCAUCACCAUUUUUAUGGUACGAAGAGGCAGAAUUUUCAUGGUCUGAACCAAAAGAAUCUCCAGCCAGUCAACCAAUAGAGAAAUCUUGUAGCAAUACUGAUAGCAAUGCAACUGGUUCUUAUGAGUUUUCGUCUAACCUGUCACUGAACAAUACUAGCAUCAAAUUAACCAUUAAGGGGUUACCUACCAGCAGAGACCAUGGCAACAAAGAAAGUGCCAAAGAUAUCACAGUUAAUGUGAACCAAUCUCAAAAUCCACACAACUCUUCCAGUAAUGAUUCGUCAUCAAAUAAGCAACCUCAGAAGAAGAUAUUGGGCACUGCCAGCAAAAGCAAAGAUCUGUGUGAGCAGUCCUUAUCUGAAGACAUUCUCAAGGAGCAAGUUUCCACUGAGCCCUCAAAUUUAGCGCAUUGUUCCUCUCAGGACUAUUUAUUUGACACUACUGAGUACUGUGGUGAUCUACAUAGCCACAGUUCUAAAUCUAAGUCUUUUCAGUUAUUGAAUGAAAAUUCAAAUAAACCAGCUUCUCUGCUAUCACAACAGAACAAGGUUUUAAACAAAGUAGAUGAAGUAAAGUCAAAAUUGUUUACUGCCAAUAGUUCUUCUGAUAAAUUAAAUGACACUGAGAUCAACAAUGAAGACUUUUCUAAAUCCAUGUUUCCUCUUUCUUCACAGGAUUCUAAAUGUGAAUCGUUAAGUGUAAAAAAAGAUGACUUAUUAAGUGAUAUUUCUAGUGGUGAUGACACAAACACAUCAUAAAGUCUUAAAUAUCAACCUUUAAACAUACACGAAGUCUUAAAUAUUGGUCCUAAAACCCCACUUUAUUCCAAAACAAUUAAAAGGAAAUGUCUAGAAUGA